AUGGGCAAACGCGAUCGGCUCAAAUCGUUUUUGAAUCUUGAUAAAAUAGACUCACGCAACAAUCAGAGCGCCGGUGGUCAAACCUUAGUUCCUGUGAAUCCAACCUGGACUGCGCCUCAACCAACAACGACAAACUCGUCCCGACUGUCGUCUUGGGCUGAAGCUGCUCUACGUCUUCAAAAUAAAAACCCUGAAAUGCAUGAGGUGCUCAUGAAGAUUAGAGGCAUUAACGAAGACGAUCCGGUUAAAUUGACAGAAUUGGUGAAUGCCAGGAGGCAAGAAUCUAAAAGAAUUUCUUUCCCUGUUGAAGGAGCUAUCAGACAGAUUCUCGAAUUUGAAGAUAUUGGAACCGCCGCUACAGAUUUUGAUCCAUACAGGAUUUCACCAGUUGUCUGGAGAGGAUUCUGUCUUGUUUUGCAGUAUAUUGUCCAUGACUCGGCCCUGCUGACAGAAAACUGGAAACACUUAGAAGAACUUACAUCAAAGAUUCGAUACUGGGCAAAUUUCGAGUGUCUUUUCUUAAGGAGGAGCGCGACUACAUUCAACGACUUCAAACCUCUGAAGGAGAAAUAA